AUGCCGUUUGCCGAGCUGCUAGAGCUGGUGGGGAGCACAGGACGCUUCCAGGUCGUGCAUGUGGUGCUCCUCUGCAUACCUGUCCUGAUGAUGGCCAGUCACAACCUGCUGCAGAACUUUGUGGCCUCGGUGCCCCGUCACUACUGCAGCGCGCACACAAACCUCUCUCAGGCCCAGCUGAGCCCAGAGGAAGCGCUGCUGAUCACGGUGCCGAGGGACCAGGCAGGAAAGCCACAGAGGUGCCAGCGUUACAUCUAUCCGCAAUGGCACCUCCUGGCUAAGAACGGCACCUACGGGUCAGGGGAGCAGGAAGACGCUCAGGAUGGUUUGGACGUUGAACUGCAGGGAUGCACAGAUGGCUGGUCCUAUAGCAUGACUGAGAGGACCUCCACGAUCAUAUCUGAGUGGGAUUUGGUGUGUGACUUACGCUCGUUAAAGCAAAUGGGGCAAACUGUCUACAUGGGAGGUGUGCUGGUGGGAGCUCUUAUCUUUGGAGUUCUUUCAGACAGAUAUGGCCGACGCAUCCUCCUGCUCAUCUCUAACCUGCUGAUGGCGGUGUCAGGGACCUGCGUCGCUCUCUCCAACUCCUUCUCCCUCUUCUGCCUGUUCCGGUUUGUUUGUGGCAUGGCCCUGUCUGGCCUGGGCCUCAACACCUUCUCGCUCAUUGUGGAGUGGAUCCCCACUCGUGUGCGGACAGCUGUGGGGACAAUAACAGGUUACUGCUACACAUUUGGGCAGCUGAUGCUGGCUGUCCUGGCCUACUUCAUCCGGGACUGGAGGUGGUUAACCCUGGCUGUGUCUUUGCCCUUCUACGUCUUCUUCCUCAUCUCAUGGUGGUUUCAUGAAUCCUCAAGAUGGUUAGUCCUGAAUAACAAGCCCGAGGAAGCAAUCAAGACCCUUAAAAGUGUGGCCAAAUUUAACGGACGCGGCAAAGAGGGUGAAAAAAUUGACGAGAAAAUGCUGCACGAGUUCAUGAAGAAAGAGAUGUCCGGUUCGCAGGGCUCCUACUCUGUCCUGGAUCUGUUCCGCACACCCACGAUGAGGAGCAUGACAGCCUCCCUCAGUGCUGUCUGGUUAUCAACAAGCUUUGCUUACUAUGGCCUUGCUAUGGAUCUGCAAAAAUUUGGGGUGGACAUCUACUUAAUCCAAGUGAUCUUUGGAGCUGUGGACAUCCCCGCUAAAGUAGUCAUCACUGUGUCAAUGAGUUUUUUAGGACGGCGUCCCUCGCAGUGUGGCGCCCUCAUCUUGGCCGGGAUCGCUAUUUUAUCCAACCUGUUGGUACCUCAGGAUAAACAGACUGUGCGCACCUGUCUGGCUGUCAUGGGUAAAGGUUGUCUCGCUGCCUCCUUCAACUGCUGCUUCCUUUACUCUGGAGAGCUGUUCCCAACCAUCAUUCGUCAGAAUGGCAUGGGCUGGGUAUCCAUGAUGGCUCGUGUGGGGGCCAUGGUGGCCCCCAUGGUGCUUCUCGCAGGGGACUACCUCCCUUGGCUACCAGGUUUAAUCUACGGAGUAGCUCCAAUCAUCAGUGGGGUGGCCGGAAUAUUUCUCCCAGAAACACUCGGCUCACCCCUCCCUGACACGAUACAAGACGUGGAGGACAGGGGAUCUGGGAGACGCUCCAAAAUGGCACCAAAGGAAGCAAUAAGCUUGCAAGACACGCAGGCGAAUCUCCUAAAGCAGCCUGCCUGA